AUGACUCAAAUACCAGAGAAGAGCCGAUCAAAUGUGCGCUUGGUGACUUUCAAUGUCAAUGGACUACGGACCUUUUUUCACUAUCAACCUUUCAGCGGUAUGAAUAACUCAUUGGCAACAGUCUUCGACCACUUCAAAUCCGAUAUUAUUACAUUUCAAGAGCUCAAGACAGAUCUUCCAGCGUUAACUAGAUGGGGGAAGACUCAGAACUACCAUUCUUUUAUUUCCAUUCCUGCCAAACGACGUGGUUACUCGGGAGUCGGUUGCUGGGUACGGAUUGUUGGUCCCGAUGAUCCUCUUAGUGACAUUUUGCAAGUAGUAAAAGCUGAAGAGGGCAUAACGGGCUAUUUGAGAAUCAAAGUUGGCAAAACCAGUGUAAGGUACCGUGAUGAUAGCUCAAUUGGAAUUGGUGGUUAUGAUUCGUUGGGAAUUGAGGACGAAGCAGAAGCUCUUUCGCUCGAUUGCGAAGGACGCUGUGUAAUGGUGGAAUUGAAAUGUAACACAGUAGUCAUAAGCACGUACUGUCCAGCCAAUUCUUCGCAGACGGACGAAGGUGAAGAGUUUAGAUUAAAAUUCCUAAAAGUUCUGUUCAGACGAAUACGGAACUUUCAUGCUAUGGGUAAGACUGUUGUCUUGAUGGGAGAUAUCAACGUUUGUCGGGAUCUUAUCGAUCAAGCAGAGGCUUUGAGGCAUUGCGGGAUAACUGUGAGUGACUUAACAAAAGGUUCAGAAGUGGAGUCGAACCAUUUUGAAGCCGUCAAGGAAUUCAUUUAUGCCCCAUCAAGACCAGCAAGACGGCUGUUGAACGAAAUGUUGGCAGAUUCGAAACUGUCACAUCUAGCAACAUCCGGAACACUGCUGGACACAACAAGACAUAUUCAAGGAGGCGAUAGACUAAAGAUGUACACAGUAUGGAACACUUUGAAGAAUUCCAGGCCUAUAAACUACGGUUCCCGAAUUGACUACAUUUUAGUUUCGUCCGGCAUGAAAGACCAAAUUCAGCGAGCCGAUAUAUGGCCACAGAUAAUGGGCUCUGACCACUGUCCUGUUUAUGCAGACAUACAAUUGCAAAAUUCCAGCACCACCGAAAAUGCAGCAACUCUCGUCGUGCCCCCUUUCGAAGCCAGGUUUAGGUACAAUCUCAACAAUCGAGAUAUCACAAGUAUGUUUCGACAGAGUGCAGCGCCGCCGCAUGCGGGGAAUUCACGUUCUAAGUCACCUAUGAGAAUUAAGAAAAGAGAUUCCGAAACCAAAAUGAGACAAACUCCAAUCACAAUAGCCUUAGAAGUCCCUGCCAACUUGGAAAAAACUGAGUGUGACCUCGGACAAAAUAAGCCACAGCUCAUUUCGCCGGCCAAGAAAUCUAACUCAUUUUUCACAAUGCUUGAUGGGAUGCUCGAGAAACCGCCAUUGUGCAAGCACGGAGAGAAAACAAUUCUAAGGACUUCCAAAACAGAAAAAAGUCGCGGCAAGAAGUUUUGGGUCUGUCCCAAGCCCAAAGGAGACCCGCAAGAUGGAGAUGCUAAUUGCGAUUUUUUCCAAUGGAAGUAG